GAAGCGCUCGCACGUCAGUAGGAGAGGCUGGUAUUGUUCGGAGGAAUGGCUCAGGAAUCCUGCCCGACUUGAUCGGUGAUCUCCGCAUGUCUAUAAAUGCGUCUCAGCAGACGGGCGGCCACAGUUGAAAGCCUUCACCUCUUGCGAAACUCGAGUAUUUUGCCCAGUGAGGAGGCCUUCGAGGACUUCAAGAAGCAAUGUUUGACCGGCGAGGACUGGCACAAAAAAUAUGACAAAAAUGGGAUGCAAGUGUGGGUCGAGCUGCCUGCGAAUAAGACGAACAACGCGCCCAAAGUGCACAAAAUCAAGUGUAAAAUGGCCAUCAAUGAUGUGUCGGCCGCCACCAUGUACGACGUCAUUCACGACGGUCAGUACCGUAAGCUCUGGGAUCCCAACAUGCUGGAGAGUUACGACGUUGCCCGGCUUGCCGACAAUGCCGAUGUGGGCUACUACUCCUGGCUUUGUCCAAAACCCAUAAAGAACAGAGAUGUGGUGACUCUGCGUUCAUGGCGGGUGACGAACGAUGAGUACAUCAUCAUUAAUUUCUCCGUCAAAUACCCAAAAAUCCCUCCUCGCAGCAAUCUUGUGAGAGCAGUGUCCGUCCUGACCGGUUAUUUCAUCAAAGCCACAGGACCAGAGAGCUGCACUUUCAUUUAUCUUUCUCAAGCUGACCCAAAAGGUUCUCUCCCAAAGUGGGUGGUGAACAAAGCGUCCGAAGUCCUCGCUCCUCGGGUGAUGAAGAGUGUGCACAGGGCGGGAAAGGACUACCCAGCGUGGAAAGAGAAGAACUCCCCUGACAUGAAGCCCUGGCUCAACCCAAAGCAGAGCACCCUGCCCAUGAUGGAUCCCACCGAGCUGUCCCUGCAGAGAGCGGACUCGCUUGAAAAUGUGGACGAAACCUCCAAAUGUGACGCCCAGGAGUCCGAGGACAGCAGCUAGAAAUCACACGGAAGGAAAAAGGAGGAAUGGUGGCCAGAGAGGAAUAGACUGUAUAUAUUUUUUUUUUUUUUUUUUUUAAAGAAAGACUUCCAGACUCCCAGCUCUCUGUGAAAUCACCUAAAUCCUUCUGCUUGUCGUAUCGGUGUGCCUUAGGCGAGUACGAAGAGCAUCUAGUGUUUACAAAUGUCUUAAUGCAGAAAAGAGCACAGAUCAAGGUGCCAUUCACCUCCAUUCAAUCUAAGCUUGUGUACAGGAACAGAGGUGGUGGAUACUUAAAGGCAGGACAACAGGUCAUCUUCCAGGGUAUAUAUUUCCUACCUAUGUAAAACACGCACAUUUGAAAGGAAAGGGAGCAGAGCUAUUAAAUAUUGACUUAUUUUUUGCCGUCUGUAAGCUAAAAAUAAGUGCAUGCUUAGUCCUAAUUCCUAAAACACAACUUUUGGUUAAAACCUCAGACGGACAGGUAUCGUAGCCCCUUUAUUCGUAAACUCCUAAGUAGGGCCAGUUAAAAGAUUUCAGGUUAGUAUGCCGACAGUUUUGAGUAGAAUGCAUUUUAACAUUUCUUUUUCUUUAACCAGAAGUACAUUUUUUUUGACCGUUUGAUUUGUGCCUUCAAUGUGUAAUGACGAAAUUGUGCAAUCAAAAGGAGUGCAAUGGAGUUACAGAAGCUGAACUCUCUUUGGCUCAAAGAGAAAGAAACAUUUAAUGUAAAUAGCAAUGUCGGUUCACCAUCUGGGUGUGGUUAGAACCACGAUUUGUUUUUAAUGUAUUUAUUACACUGAACUAAUGAAGCCAUGAUUGUAGUGACCACCCUUCUUGGCUGAAGUUGGACCUCUUCCCUUUUUGAUGUUCUGAGAAUAUUCCAGUGUGACCUUGUAAAAAAUAAACCUAACAAGGGUUGACAUACCACAGUAA